AAAUCUUCAUCGAGCAUCGUUCCUUCGCUGAGUCAAACGCACAAAUUCGCCAUUGAAAUUCUCGAGCGAGCGAGAGAGAGAGAGAGCGCAUGGCCUAGGGUUUCUGCCGGACUUCGUCAGCUUCCACCCUCCGUCGCCAUGGCCACGAGGCUCCUUUACCUUUUGGCGUUCUUCUCUUUCCAUCUCCGUCGCUCCUUCUCCGAUGGAGAAGCCAGCUCCAUGGAGUCGGUGCCUGAUCUGCAGAAGCAAAUGUACUCCGUCCUCGACGGAUAUCCCUGCGUGAGGCUGCUCAACCUGUCGGGAGAGAUAGGGUGUGCUAAUCCUGGAAGAGACAAGGUCGUGGCUCCGAUCGUGAGAUACGGCAACUUAACUCGGCUGACUCGACCUUCGGCGGUUCUGCUAUCUGUAGAUGAGAUCGAUGGUUUCUUCAAGAGAGUUUCAAAUGACUUGGAUUUUGCUCAGAAUGUUGGAGGUGUUCUUGUCGAAUCAGUAUCUUCGUCCCAGGAGAUAUUGGGACUCUCUCCAGACCAGAAGUUCCCACAAGCUAAAUUCGCGCCCUACCAGAAUAUCAGCUAUGAAUGGAACCCUCUGGGAUCUGGCAUAAUGUGGAACUCCUAUCAGUUUCCUGUGUUUUUGCUUUCUGCAAGUAGCUCACUGAGUGUUCAGGAGCUUUCAGCCAGUAAUGAGAAGCGCGAGAAAGCUUAUACUGCACAUGUGGCUGAAUUUGAUCUUGUGAUGCAGACAACAAAAUCUGGGACUCGUGAUUCACAGUCUUGUUUAGACGGACAAACUUGUUUACCACUGGGUGGAUAUAGUGUCUGGUCAUCGCUCCCGCCUAUUAAUGCUUCAUAUUCAAGCCAAUCCAAGGGUGUAAUUCUAACUGUCGCAUCAAUGGAUUCUGCCUCUUUUUUUCGUGACAAAAAUCUUGGAGCAGAAUCCCCUAUAUCUGGACUGAUUGCAUUGCUGGCAGCUAUAGAUGCCCUAUCUCAUGUUGAUGGAUUGGCUAAUUCCAGUAGACAGCUUGUUUUUCUUUUUUUCACUGGAGAAGGUUGGGGCUACCUUGGCAGCAGGAGAUUCUUAUAUGAGCUUGAUUUGCAUUCGGACUCUGUCAAUGGACUCAAUGAGACAUCAAUUGAGAUGGUCCUGGAAGUUGGAUCUGUUGGAAAAGGGGUUGGUCAAGGAGCAAAGAAAUUUUUCGCUCACACAGCUGGGGCUUCAUCUGUCAUCAAUAAGACACUGAACGCCUUAAAACAAGCUGGAGAUUCCUUCUUUUCUGAUCAAAUCACAAUAUCCUCGGCAAGUACCGCAAAUCCAGGGAUACCUCCAUCAUCUCUUAUGGCAUUUCUUAGAAAGAACUCUCAGACAUCUGGGGUUAUUCUAGAAGAUUUUGAUACUGCCUUCACCAACAACUUCUACCAUAGUCACCUUGAUGAUUUGUCAAAUAUAAAUGCUUCUGCUGUAGCAGAUGCCGCUACAAUAGUUGCCCGUGCCCUUUAUGUUCUAGCCAAUGAUGAUGAAAAAAACUUGAGCAAUUCAGCACUGCGUACAGUCAAUGUUAAUGAAUCUCUUGUACAAGAACUUAUGGGAUGUCUGCUGAGUUGUGAACCGGGUCUAUCCUGUGCUUUGGUGAAGAGCUACAUUUCACCUAGCACUACUUGCCCAAACCACUAUCCGGGUGUUCUGCUUGGAGAACCCUCUUCAACACCAAAUCCUGGUAAUGUGGAUGAUACCUCUAGGUUCAUAUGGAAUUUUCUCGCCGACAAAACUUCUAUUUGGAGACAGAAUGUUAGCUCAGCUUGUUCCCAGAAUUGUUCUAAUGAAGGUGGAGUUUGCAUCAGAGCAGAAAGUGAUCAGAAAGGAGUUUGCGUCAUCUCUACGACCAGGUAUGUUCCCGCGUAUUCAACCCGUCUGAAGUUUGAAUCUGGAUCUUGGAAAGUGCUCCCUCCAAAUUCUUCCGAUCCCAUGGGAAUGGUGGACCCCGUUUGGACAGAGAGCAACUGGGAUGCGAUCGGUCUUCGUGUAUAUACUGUCCAGGACUCAAUUUAUGACCAUUUUGUUCUAUUGGGGGGCAUUUCCAUUACAGUUUUAGCCUACGUCGCCAUAGUAACUACAAGAACCUUCAUCACGAAAACCUUGAAGCGGGACUGACAAUUUGAGUCUUUUAAGAGUUCUUAGGUUUAAUACCAACUGUGGAGGAUUUACGGGUCGAACUAUUGAUGACUGAUGAGGAUGUUGCAUUAUUAAAGAUGCAUCCUCGCUUGCUUUGGAUCUCUGGAAGUGGAUGGUGAAUGGUUCGACGAGAGGCAAGCAAUGAUACUCCGAUUUGAAAGCUCCAA